GCAGAUGUGACCUAUUGGGCAGAGGUCAUGAUUGAGGGCAAUAAGACCCUAAAUGUUGCUGAAAAUCUGCCUGGAAUCAUCGGGAUUUCUUUGGAUACAUUAGGGGUGACGAUUACAAAUGCUGAAAUAGUCGCAGAGUGUGAGAUAAUUGGCACAAAUUCAACAUGCUGGUGCGGAAGAGACUAUGUUUGGAGCAACCUUGUGUGUGACUCCGUCAAUAAAUGCUGCAAUGUGGACAAAUGUGUGGCAAAUAUAUCACACUACACACCACUGUGCCUGCCCAAAGUGAAUGUUUCACUCAGUGGCCUGCUCACUGGUUCCUCCUCAAAUGUCAUUGCAUUGCUGGACAGCUCUUUCCGUGUGCUAAAUGCCUUCAACUCAUUGACUAUACUUAACACCAAUAAAACAGGGAUAAAUACGUACACUCACAAUUUCUCGGUGUCUCUGAGUUCUGUGUUUUCCACCACCAAAGUUCAAAGCAUAAUAAAUGCAUUGCUGAAUAAUACAACAGUUUAUUCCCUCAAUGUUAUGUCACUAGGAAUGGUAUACAUUGAGGCACCUGAAGGGAAAGUGUGUUACAAUUCAAAACAACAACUGAACUGCAUGAGCGUGGAACAGAUGGAAAAGUGUGAGUGGAAAAUGGUCAGAGGGGACGAAACACCUCUGAUUCUGGGACCGGGGAGUGAACUAACGCUUUCAGACACUUGUACAAAAACAACAACAGUCACACUUCUAAAGACAAAUGGAUAUUGGUCAGGAACAUACAUGUGCCUUUUUAUCACUGGGAACAUAGCUCACAUGGCCUCGGCACCUCUUCAAAUCGCACUGCUACCAGAGGUGAUUAAUGUGACCAGCAUGCCACAGACUGCAGACUGCUCUGCGGAAAAAAGCACCAAAGUUACCAUUUCAUGUUCCAUCGAGAACAGCACUGAAAUCUACAAAGCUUAUUUAAAAUUUGGAACUACAGAAAAAUUAUCACCAAUUAAAUAUGCAGGUGACCUGUUUUGUACAGAGGAUUCAACUGAUGGAAAAAACUGGCCAAAAACAAAGAAUAAUGAAAUAGCAGUUAUAGAUUGUGUUGAACCAGGCAGACAGGGAAUACUGAAACGCAAAUGCCUUGGAAACAAAUGGGGGGAAGAAGUUUCUCUGUGUGUUAAAACAAUCCUGAAUGCAGUGGCCUUGCAAGCAAAGGAUUUUGAAAAAGGACUUGGAGCAACACAAGAGGGAGCUCAAUUAAUCUUUCAAAGUUUGAGAAAUAACACAUCAGAAGUGGGAGAAAACACUUUUGGUGAUGUCAUGACUGGACUAACUGUUUUCCAAACUAUGAAAAAUGCAUCAGUAAACAUGCCAAUGCGAGAGAACCUUCUGGAAGACUUCAUCGAAUCGGCCAGCAGUAUGCUGAACAUAACCUGGAAUGUAGAAGACAAAGAGGAAAAUGGUGCAUUGGCGACGCAAUAUCUUUCAUCUGUAGAAGGGCUCAUCAAAAGCAUCAGAAUAAAUGCCAGCAAUGGUUAUAAUGCUUCUAACAUUCAGUUCCAGGUCUGCCGAAGCGGCCCGUCUUGCAACGGAUCUGUCUUCGGUGUGGAUGUUGAGCUGAACGCCACAGCAGACAUGGUGAAAACUGUAGGGUUACUGAGCUUGGCCAACCACCUACCGAUGCUGGAAUACAAAAGUGCAUAUGUUUCUAACAUAGUUGUGUCCGCUACUGUUGAGAACAAUACAUCUCCAGGUGUAAACAUCAAACUAGCUUUUCCAAAUGAAGAUGCAGAUGCCGAAAUGCUCUGUGUGUUCUGGAAUGUCACCGAGGAGAGUUGGUCAGACGAAGGCUGCCAGUUUGUUCGAGGACCUGGAAACAUUCCCUACUGCGAAUGCGAUCAUCUCACCUCUUUCUCCGUGCUGAUGUCCAAGCAUCCUGUAAACCUGCCUUUCAUGGAACUGAUCACUUACAUCGGAUUGGGAACCUCAAUCUGUUCCCUAAUCAUCUACAUCAUCAUCGAGUGUUUGGUCUGGAGUGCCAUUGUCAUAUCCAACCUCUCCCACUUUCGGCACACCGCUCUCCUCAACAUUGGAUUGUGUCUGCUCCUGGCUGACUGCAGCUUCUUAGCUUCCUCCUUCCCCUCUAUCCUAAAUGACACCAUGUGCCUGGUUCUGGUAGUGGCAAAGCAUUACUUUUUCCUGGCCAUGUUUUUCUGGAUGCUGUGUCUGAGCGUCAUGCUGGUCCACCAGCUCAUUUUUGUCUUCAGCCACAUUGGGAAAAAGGUCUACAUGAUCCUGGGGUUCACCAUCGGCUAUGUGUGUCCAACAGUGACUGUGGCAGUUACGUAUUUGUACUACAACCAACUGACUGACGUACCCUACUACGACACUAAGACAUGUUGGCUUACCUACACGUCAGCAAUGGUAGGAUCCAUCCAUGCGUUUCUCUUACCUGUUGGGACCAUUGUGCUGGUGAACAUUUUUGCCAUGGUGACGGUCAUUGUAACGGUCUUAAAGCCAUCCGGGGCAGAGACCAACAAAAAGGGGGACAGAGAUGCAACAAAGAGCAUAAUCAAAGUGAUUAUCUUUCUCACGCCUAUUUUUGGUGGAACUUGGAUUCUGGGACUAUUUGUUUUUAUAAUGAACGACUUUAAACAGCUUAUUACUUGUGUGGUCCAUUACCUGUUCACCAUACUCAACUCUUUUCAGGGAUUCUUCAUCUUAUUGACGGGAUGUUUAGCAGAAAAGAGGGUCCGAGAUGAAAUUUUAAGGAUGGUUAUGUUUGGGAAAUCAGGCAAAGGUCCAGGCACGACAACAACCAUCACAAAUAAAUGAUCCAUACAAGUUAAUGCACACAAGAAGGAGCAUAUGAAACAAUGAAGAUGGAUCCACCACUGAAACCACAGAAGCAGCUCCAAAAAUAGGAGAAGGAGCUGUUUGACAAAGACUUUAAAUAUCUUUGGAGUAAAGACUGUGGUAUUUUAUUUUGUACAUACUCCUUAACAAUUAGGCACAAACAGUAUGAAACAGACACAGAAAGCAUCCUUGAUAACAAUCCAAGUGAACUAAUUCAUAAUAGAUGUUGUUAGUUUUUUCUAAAAGAACAAUGUAAUAGCUGCUGUAUAUAUCUUGCAAUUAUCUAUAGUUUUCUACCCUCAUUGUCUUUGUCUUAUUUAAAACAGUUCUGCACAUCUGAUAAGGAUUAUAUAUAUCUCUAAAAUGCUAUGUAAAAUUUGUGCUGUUUUAAUCUCAUAUUAAUGGUUAUGUACUUCGGUUGUAAUAACAAUGUACUUUCCUUCUUAUUUUUUAAGCAAAUGAAACAGUGACAUACAUUUUUAUGAGCUAUUUUCAUACAUCAAUAAUGGUUUUACUGUAAAACAACACACUUCUAACUAAAUAUCUGAAACAAAGUUCAUGUAACAUGUCUAAGCAAUGAUAGUAAGGAUUUAAAAAUUGCAAGGCAGCUUGACAACUAUUUUGUAUUUUUUUGUUACAUUUGUUUUAUUCUUUACCUUGU